AUGCAAUCAUCCAUUACGUACUGCUUAGCCUUUUGUGUCUUGAUUAUUUUCGCUGCAUACCAAGCCAAUGCAGAUGUGCAUAUCGGAGGGCCAGGGCUUUCAUCGAUCCAUGUUAACACAGGAGGACCACAAAUGGCGAAUACGGGCAUAAAUGUGCAUUUGUCAUCUAAGAAAAAGCGUGAUGUUUCUAAUAUUCCUUUACAACGACAACGCCGUGUUGGAAUAGUUCAAACUUCAGUCUGUGGUAAUGGAGUGAUUACAAUGAAGAAUGGCAGAAUUGUCUGUGAACUACAAUAG